UAUGGGAGACAUUGUCAUCCAGUCCUGCCAGAGAACAGCAGCAGCAGCGCGAGCAGCAGCAGCGGACGGGAUAACAGACGCACUGAGCACACACUGAGCCGACGAGGAAAUACAGGAAUACACACUGAUGAAGAAGAUGCAACAAAGGAGGAGAAUGGAAUAAAAAACAAAAGCAUUUUAUUGCUUCUGGUUCCCACUUCUGUUUGGAGCAUCCCACAAGCAGAGCACCAGUGAAAACACAUACAUAUGAUAUAUAUAUAAAAUUCCUAUACAUAUAUAUCAAAUUAUGCCUGUUUUCAUAGAAGCUGCAGCUGGACAAGGACUGAACUGACAGCAAAGCAAAUCCAUUGCAUGAAAAAAUUGGAGAUAAUAUGCAGCAUUUGCUUAAAAACUGUUGCAUAUUAAUGCUUUGAGAUUCUUUUGUCAGUUUUUUUGCUCAGUGGGGGAUAAGGCAAAAAAAUAUGCAUUGAUGCAAAUGGGAAUUUGAGGAAAAAUUGAGUUUUUGAAUCAACAUAACAACAACAACAACAACAACAAAGAGCUUCUGCUGCAGUCCUAUAUUUCCAAGGGGGCUUCUUUUGAAAACAGGAUAUUCUUUAUCUGCCCCCCCCUCAUUGCCACACUGCUCUCUGGCUGUCGCAUCUCCACUUGUCUCUGUCGUCCGCAUGAGCUGGGGAGCGUUAUUGCAAAGAGGCUCCUUCGUACAAGUGCGCUGCUGAAAGUACAGGGAGGGGGUCCGCGGGCUCUCUGACCCCACGCUGAUGUCUCCUCAGAUGCAACAAAAGCCCUAGAUCGGGCAAAGAGUGAAGGUGAGGUAAGUUGGGGGAAGAGAGAAUAAAAAGCAGAAAUAUCAAAGAAAGGACAAGAGGAAAAUUCAGAUCACAGUGCAAACAAUUCAAGAAGUGAACCAAAAGCAACGCAAAGGAAGGGGAGAGCAAACCAUCAAAGAAUAAGCCACGAUCCAUUAUGUGGGACACUCCAUUCUGGUUAAGUAAUUCCGGUGCGCUUAUCUGUUUUUACAGCUUCUUUUGAGUCUCGAAUGCAGCGAUGCAAAGACAUUAAGAUCAGAGAUUCAGUAUCACAACAUCAGCCCUCCCCUCUCUCUCUCCUCCUCUUUCCUCUCCCCCCUUUGCCGUAGCACUUGUAGGGCAGGCUGAUUGACAGAAAACCCAGCUCUCUGUCCUGGGUUUGUAAGAUAUCCAGAGAUAGGAGGGGUUUCAGUGGAGUGCGCAAGGAGCAACAGCAGAGCCAAAGCAACAGGAGCCCUCUGCACGCACAGAGCACUGGACUUCUUGUGUGUCGCUUAAAAGCUACAGACUGACACUGACAGAGCACUGUCACCAGAGGGAUUGGAGCUGUUUGUGAAUGUGUGUGUGUGAGUGUGUGAGUGAGUGAGUGUGUGUGCGUGCAUGUGUGAGAAAGAGAUAAACACGCCUCAGGUGCAAGAGGGACGCUUUUGGACUGUAAUUAUCUUAGGGAUUCGGCUUGACGAGAGCCUGGAGUUAUAUUUUGAAGGAUACUGAGCAGCUGCUGUUACCUGUUGGGUCUGAGGAAGGGGAGUAAAUAUCCAACACAAUAAAAACGAUUAUCUGAUAUCACAUGAGCGGCUGAAAGACUGGAACUAUACGCCUCAAGGAGGGAGUAACGUUCAGCAAGGUGGAAGCGCAAAGAAAGAUGUCCACUACAAAAAUAAAAAAGCUUCCUUUGAACAGUGACUUUGAGAGUAUUAGGAUCAUAGACGCAAGUUAAGCUGAAGUGGAGAAGUGGAGGAGACACACAACUGUAGUGGAAAACACCGCGCUCCGGUCACAGUUUUCCUGGACAUCACAACUGAUCUGAGAAUUUGCAUUGUUAUCCACUCAACAAUAAGUGUCUGUCUGCGCUGUAAAAAGCCUUUCAUCUAGUUGUCCACAUGACUAUCUGUGAGUUUGAGAGGAAUCUACUUUCUUUUUCUGCCACUGUCAGGAAACCAAGAAGUCUCACUUUCACGGAUUAUUCAUCCACUCUGUGGGGGAGCUUAUUGCUGGAAAUGCCUGAGGCAAGUUCAUUCGUAGGUAACACGCCCUCUUAAACUGGGUUCCCUCCAAGCUACCGGAUUUGGAUUUGUCUACAAACGCCUCUGCUGUCUGCUGAUGACAUAUGGUUUUGUAAAAGGUGACACUUCUUGAGUUUUGGAUUAUUUAUUUGCUCUGAAAACACACAUAGGCACACACACAUACACAGCCUGGGACUAUAAUGUGUGUGUGCAUGUGAGUGCCUGCUCACAAGGGACCCAUUCCCUCCUGUUAAGAGCACGCUGAGAUGGGAGAUUGAUUCCUUUUACACACUUAUUUUUCUUCCCCCAGAUGACAAUUUAGCUUUCUGUAACUGAGCAGCUAUAACUCCUACAAUGGUAAUUGAAUGCUCUUUAUUUUUCUUUCAGCCGUAAAAACUUUUUGAUUUGAAAGCCAUUAAGUGUUUCUUCUGUGUCUCAAUGAUAUCCAAUGACUCUAAAAGCUCUUCAUUCAGUGACUAUAAUUUAAACUCUGGAAAGGAGGAUACUCAACUCUGUUUUUAAACAAGGAGCUUAAUCUGGGGCCUAUCAUUAACAAUUACACAUCACUACUGAAUCAUUACUAGACACCUGAGGAAUCCCACGAUGGCCACAGUCCUGCACCCCCUCUUGGUGAGCCUCUCUCUGGCCGUCCUCCUGGGGUUGACCUCUCUUGGUGGACUGAACUCUCGGCCAUCAGGUGGGGCUUUGGCUCAGGUCCCGUCCACCAACCAGACCGCAGAGCCCUCUACAUUACCAGAGGCCGCAUUGGUGACUCCCACGCCAGAUUCAGCGGAACAAACAGCUCCAACUAGUGGGAACCGUUGCUGGGGUUACUAUGAUGUCAUGGGUCAGUGGGACCCUCCUUUUAACUGUAACGCGGGUAUCUACUUGUUCUGUUGCGGAUCCUGCUUCUAUCGCUUCUGCUGUCAGUUCAAGGUGCACAGUUUGGACCAGACUUCCUGUUCCAACUACGACACGCCUGUCUGGGCAAACACCGGGCGACCGGCCGCACCCGUCACAGAGGUCCAUCAGGAACCAGACCGGGAUCGGACCCACAUGAUCGUGUAUAUUAUCUGUGGUGUGGUGGCCAUCAUGGUGCUGGUGGGGAUAUUCACCAAGCUUGGGCUGGAGAAGAGUCAAGGUGGACAGACGGACAUGACCAACUCCAGGACUCUGACAGAGUUGUUAAAGCAGCCGGGGGAGGCGGGAGCGGUGGAUGGAGCCGGCGUUCAUCAUCCUAUAGGCACCAACGGCAUCUCCGCCAGGGCGUUACGCUCCAACAAUGAUCUUAACCAUUUGAACAACGCAGCCUUGUCUCCCCUGGGUCCGGCCAUGGCCUUGUCUCACCCUCAUAACAACCUGGGAAUUGGCUUCAAUAAGUACACCUCGCUCAAGGCCGUGGACACGGCUGCAAGAGACUACUACAAAAGCUACCCAAUGGUAGAUUAUACCCACCGCCAGUCACCUCCCACUUUCCAGCCAAUCAACUUCCACCCCAAGGACAAGCCCUUCCUCCCACCGCCUGACAUCCACGCGCCACUGGCGAUCACCAUCAAUGCCUCCCAGAUCCCCAAGCCUAAGAUCUCCAAGACCAACACCCACCCGCUGACCUCUAGCUCGGCCUUCAAAGCAUGGGACCCCAGUAAGAGCCACAUCCAGCAUCCGGUGGCCACACAUAUGGGCCUCCAGGGCCCACACCACCCCAUCCAGCAGCAACAGCACCAACCUCUGCACCAGCAGAACAGCCGACGACAGGCCUACUCCAACAAGCGGCAGUUCAGCAUCGAGACGCUGCCUGAGCUCUUCUCACAGCCGCUGGGCUACGGCCACUCACCGCACAUGCACCCUAAGCACAAGGGACUGCCCACCAACAGCAAGACAGAGGUCACGGUCUGAACAUGAGGAUGCAUGGAUAGGCUUAUAAAUAGACAGAAGACCCCGAGGAGACAAGAGGAGAGUAAGGGACUUACUCAAAUAUCUUUAAUAUCCACAGCCAUAAAGGCGAAAAGGGAGCAAGCAGAUAUCGUGUUUUCUUGCUCUGCAUUUUCCUCAUCAUUGUUGAUAACAAAAUUAAUAAUAUCAUGAGUGAUAUGUGUGUACUUUUAAAACCACUGGAUCAAAAGAGCAACCUCAUAUAACUGAAGGUGGCGGAUUGACGGUGCUGGCUUUAACUCUUUGAACCAGGAGGCUCUUUAAAUAAUUGAGUGGCCUCUCGGUGUGUUGGCGCAGCUCUCUCCUCCUUCUCCUGCUCCUUUCAACCCCCUCAUACCUCAAUGACACUCUGCACUGGUCUGUAGCACCACUCCAACACGCACAAAAGCCCCACACGCAGACGCUAGUCACCCCACAAACUCCCUCCUGCACACACGAGCACAAUUGCAAACAACAGAAAUUGUGUUAAGGGAGUGUUUCCCGUAAGACUUUGGCUUCCCAUCAGCGGAGACAAUGCCAUUGUGUUGUCAGCUCCCACUGCCCUCCAGCCCUCGGGAGAGUGAGAUAUCAGCCUGGCAAUUCAUACCAGAGGAGGAGGAGGCCAGCAGGAGGAGGGGGGAUGUUUAUUCAUCUCAUUCCAGGGGCAAAUGAGAUGAGAAGGAUCUGAACCAUGUACAAACACACAAUACACACUUGUCAAAAAUUACAGAAGGUUCCCAGCAGUGUCAGAGACCACAGGCCCCAAAAAUACACAAAAACUGAAACACAGACAUCUUGUACUGCUUCAUGUACACACACAGAUCCUAAGAUAAAG